CUAAAAUCUUUGAAAAAAAUUAUUAUCCUUCUUUCUCCCUGUUCCACCCCCCAACCCCCUAAACCCCGCACGUCCCCCCCGCUUUCUGCAUCUUCUUCUCAAAAUCCUUCAUCUCUCCUCUUCUUCAUUUUCUAUACAUACAUUAUAUCAUAUACAUUAUAUAUAUAUAUAUACACGCACUGAGAGACCACCAGUAAUGGGGGCGUACAGAUCGGACGACGAUUACGAUUAUUUGUUCAAGGUGGUGUUGAUCGGAGAUUCCGGCGUCGGAAAAUCCAAUCUUCUAUCCAGAUUUACUCGUAACGAGUUCAGUCUAGAGUCAAAGUCAACGAUCGGCGUUGAAUUCGCUACUCGUAGCAUUCGUGUUGAUGAUAAGGUCGUCAAGGCUCAGAUUUGGGAUACUGCCGGUCAGGAACGAUAUCGCGCAAUCACAAGUGCCUACUAUCGAGGAGCUGUUGGAGCAUUGCUUGUCUAUGAUGUUACUCGUCACGUAACUUUUGAGAAUGUAGAGAGAUGGUUAAAAGAGCUCCGAGAUCACACCGACUCUAGCAUUGUCAUAAUGCUGGUGGGUAAUAAGGCAGAUUUGCGUCAUCUGCGGGCUGUUUCGACUGAGGAUGCCCAGGUAUUCGCAGAGAAGGAAAGUACAUUUUUCAUGGAAACAUCUGCUUUGGAGUCCAUGAACGUUGAAAGUGCCUUCACAGAAGUGCUCACUCAAAUACACCGUGUUGUUAGCAGGAAAGCUCUUGAAGUAGGAGAUGACCCGGCAGCAUUGCCCAAGGGGCAGACGAUUAAUGUCGGAGGCAAAGAUGAUGUUUCUGAAGUAAAGAAAGCUGGGUGCUGUUCUGCUUAGAACAAAGAGUAAUCUAAAUAGUGGAAGAGAUUCUUUUUGUUUUGAGCUGAGUUUCACAUGGCAUUUGUACUUCAACCUCUAAAUACUAGGAAGUAACCUCAUGGAUUGCUUAGGCACUGAUAGCUUUAUUUACUGAACCCAAGAUUGAAUGAUUUCAUAGCAUUCUUUAUCCUUGUUUCUGUAUUUUGCUUCCAUUUGUCAACGAUUUAUAGUAUUAGCUGGCUUAUGGACCUCCAAAAUAGGGUAUAUUUGUUUCAAAAUGAUUUGAAUCGCUACAUGUAUGAGACUAUGAACACAUUUUAUGCAGCCUUGUAAUUGAUUGUUUGAUUAGUUGUGAAUUGAGCAAUAUUUUCAA